UUCUCGUUCUCCUUUCGUUUCGUUCGUGUUUCUUCCUCGUUUUGCAGGAGUGCAAGCCGUCACUAAAUAAUUGAUUCUCUGAGCUCUGUUUUCGUUAUUUGUCUCCUUCAUGCAGAUUUCCAUCUUUAUUUUGCUUUGCACGGGAAAUUAAACGUUGCCCAAUCUUUCCACAAUAAAUUCUAAGGUAGUCGGCUUCAUGGAACCGAAUUUAGAGACUUCACCGCCCGAUAGUUCUGAUGCAAAAGCAGCAUUUUGUAAGUCUUCUAAUGAUACAUCUAACCGACGGUAUAGGCAUCGCACUCCAGUUAGCGGGUUAUCUUCAUCUGAAGGAAGUUCUCCUCGGCGUGACCGGAGCGUUAGUCCCAUGGUUUCUAGGGAUGAUCCGGAAAAAAGUGCUGAUACUCGACCAGGAAGAGAUGGGAGAGAACUAGAUAGGGAUUCUACUAGGAAUCGAUAUAGUAGAAAUGGUGAUUCUUAUAGAUAUUCUAAUCAACAGCCUUCCAGGAGCUCUUAUGGUUCCAGGCAUGACAAGCAUGGAAAUGAAGAUAGAAAGUAUGAUAGAUUUUCCUCUCAUUCUGAUCGAAAAUCAAGAAUUAUCGCUCAUUCUGAUCAUCCAAGACAAGUGAAGUCGAAACUCUUUAGCUUGGGUAAGGGCUCUGAUUAUGUUAAGUAUGGUGAUGAAAAGCGGUCAAGUUUGGAGCAAGCUGAGGAGACUGUUGAAAGAGUGGCCAUUGGUCACGUUCAUAGCAGUGAUAUUGACAUCACUAAUGACGUGAAUGCUGCAAAAGUUGCUGCAAUGAAAGCUGCUGAAUUAGUUAAUAGGAACCUUAGUGGCGCAGGCCAUAGUAAUAUGACUACGGAGCAGAAGAAGAAAUUGCUGUGGGGGAGAAAGAAAAGCAUUCCUGCAGAAGAGUCUGGUCAUCGCUGGGAUACUGCACUAUUUGGAGAUCGUGAGCGACAAGUGAUGUUCAAUAAACUCAUGGGUGUGAAAGGGGAUACGAAGGUAGAGCAUAAAGCCGAUGAUCAAGACGCAGAGAAGCAGUGUGAACUCCAGCUCCAUUUGGAGCAGUACACUGCCGGACUUCGACGGAGAGAUGGCCGCACUGUUGGAUUAGGGCUUUAAGCUUCAAAAUUCAAAACGUAUGGUGCUGCAAAGGGGAUUGCUUUGUGACAUUCUGUUCUACUUAUUCUGUACUCGUCAUUAUACAUAUUAUGAAGAAAAAUGUGCUUUGUUGGAUGUUUUUGGUCUUAACCUUUUUGCUUUUCAAUGUUAUGAAUAGUAUCUGUUUAAUCCUAUGGUGUCUGGUGU